CCCCCCCUGCGAGAGCACGAUCCGCACGGGACCACGCAGUCCCCGCUGUCCGCCGCGCGCCCUCCAGGCGGGAAGGCCGCGGGCCAGCGGCUGCGGUAAAAUCGCUCGGGAGCGGGGAUGACGAGGGCACGAAGCUCUCCCAUCUGCAAAUAGCUUGGUUACUAUUGUACAGCUGUGCUGCACCUACCCUUAAUCAUAUUUUGCACUCGACACCUCCCGAACUGGUGAGGCCACCGGCUGAAAAUCAUGACGCAACAAUAUUAGCAACAUUCCUGGCCCCAGAUGAAGACGGAAGAAGAAGAGGACGAAUAAGCUGAAGAUGACGGUGGCGCAGGAUGACGGAAGGGCGACGAGGUCAUUAUCGGUGAGGUGGUGUCGACGGCGACGACCGCCUCAGAACGGUGCAGUGAAGCUUGCAUAAUGUCGCCUAAAACGACAUGCGCUGCGCAAGAAUAUUCAGCAAUCUAUGAUGGCCUGGACGCUAGGCGCGAGGUUGCGGCUGUUGCAUGACAUGUGUCUUCAAACUGCGAAGUUGCUCCACCCGCAUCCCUCUGACACCAGCGAAUUCACCAACGCACGACCAAUACAUGUCAUAAGAACUCUGAGCCCAGCUCCACUUCACGACUCCUGUAGAAUGUUACAUAUAUGUGCGUAGCACCUGGAAUCAGGACCAAGGGCAAAGAAGAGGGACUAAAAGACCUAUACACGGAUUACUUUGUUUUCCUGCUACGUCGCCUGCUUGAAACAUCAUCCGCCAAUCACACGCACCUCCUCCACCAACGAUCGCCCUUCCACUUCCCCUCCCCUGCGCGCCCCUGCUGUUGAGAGCUCCUAUCCGAUGCGUCCAGAUCCGCACAACGUGUAGCAACACUUCCUUGUGUCUCCGCCCACCAGGGCGCAAGCCAAGUGGUAACACACCAUGGCGGCGCGCACCGAACGCUGGCUGAGCUGUGCGAGCGCGAGCGGGUCCAGCGAGGAGCCCGGCAAGGUGGACGAAGCGAGCGACACGGCCUCUCUACCGCAACGUUGUCUUCGCCACGCCAACCGUCAUCAGCCCUCUCUCCGCCCUGCCUCGAGCAAUACCUCUCUCUCUUCCUUUGCCUGCACGCGUCCGGCGGGUCCAAGUGGCAAAACGCGCACUCGGCGCCGUUCGAGCAGCCCGGGGGCUCCCUCCACACGAACGCGCACGGGCUGAUGGGCCUGUUUUCAACCACCACCACCAUAAGCUGAAGGGGGGAAGGGGGCGGAGGACGAGGACGAGGAGAAGGAGGAGGAGGAGCACCCCCUCCUUCCCCUCAAGGAGGAGGAGGAGGAGAAGGAGGAGGAGGAGGAGGUGGAGGAGGGAGGAGGAGGAGGAGGAGGAGCAGGAGGAGGAUGAGAGGAGGAGGAGGAGGAGGAAGAGAGAGGAGGUGGAGAUCGAUCGCACACCAUGGGCUCCAUCCUGGACUUGCCUCAUGCUCUGGGCAGGGCGAAUGGCACAAAAGCGAGGGGCGGCAGGCGCCCAGCUCGUGCAGCAAGGACCCCGCGGACCACUGCCCGGGCGAAGGCCCCGCCGCGGCGGGCGCCUCGCGCUCGCCCGCGACCGGGCCUCCGCACGUCUCCGGCUCGGGCCGCUGCUGGCCCGACUUGAUGCUGGUCGCCCGAACCACGGGCUCGCCGAGGUUCUGCGGCGCGCGGGCCGUCCGGCUCCGAGCUGUUCCCCGCCCUCCGCGCGUAGCGCGGGGCACUGAGCGGCGGUCGCCGCCCGAGGCCCCCCGGGACGCCGAGGCCCCCCUGGCCGCCGACCUCCCUCGCCGCGGCUGCUGGGCGCCCCUGGCCGCCGCCCGCCCGCGCCGCGGCUGGCGGAGGAGCGCCGAUCGGCCCCACAGUCCUGCCCACAGCGGAGCCCCAGGCCGCGCGCUGUCUGGCGGUGCCCGCGGCCUCCUUGCGGUGGACAUGGCGGGCACGCCUGGCGUGGCCAACGGCCGACCCGCUCGACAAAAUGACCGGUAGCUGCUUGAGCCAAAAUGGCAACCGAAAUGAGCCCUCUUGGGCGAUCUUGAACGCUUCUUGA